AUGUCCACGUCGCCAAGCGACUUUCUUUUCCCAACAGCCAUCAACGCCCACAGGUGGACACGGGGGCAGGUCCCCCGAUACUACGAGAGACUCGCCGAGCACAGAAAGAUGAAGGACUAUCGGAGGAAGUCAGACAGCAAGAGACCUGUGUGGGAACCUGCACCAAAGGGUACGACCGUGGAUCUCGCCAACAUCGAGACUGGUCCGAGCAGCGAGGAGGAUGCUAUGAACUCACUGCUUCGACAGGGCUGCCACUGGCCUCCAAAGCACUACCGGAAGGACCAUGAGUGUCGAAUUCCAGGACUGCGACUGCAGGCGUUACGGCAGAUAAAGCGCUGGGAGAAGUCGCGUCCUGUGCUGCAGCUCAUGAUGGAGAAGCUCCCGGAUGAGCUGAAUCUGCUGAUCAUGCAACAUGUCGUGUUGGAUACGCAACAACAUAUGCACUUCAAGAAAGAUGAUACACCACUUCUUUUGACCGAGCAGGCAAACUCAUUGCUCGGAGGAUGGGAAGGAAUCGAUCCACUCAUCCCAUUGGCAGAACAAGCCAUCCUCGAAAAUUCCAUCAUCAAAUGCGACGUCGAAUUCCAACGCGCAGCCACAGGAUCCGAGAAGAUAGCAGUGCUCCCCACUCUGAUACAAAUUCUACCUCAGCCUCUCCGCCAUCUCCAACUCCAGAUCCGAUUCGAAAUCCCAGCAGGCCGUCAAAAGUACCCAUCAGCAAUCUACACCGCAACAUCCGGCAUGGCAUCGCUCUGCGCCCAACUACCAGGCCUACGAUCACUCCACCUCCUCAUGCUCAUCGACCUCAACCACGCACCAAGGGAUCCGCAUCGAGGUAGCGGUCCUCCCAUUCUGAGAUCAUGCCGCAAGGGUUUCAGCGGCGAGAGCACGUUCUUGCAGGCGAUUGCGGAUCUUGUUGAUGCGGCACGGACUGCGCGGCCGAGUGUUACGACUACUAUUGAGAUCAAGUAUGAGCAUGAAUACCAGUGGUAUUCACCGCCAGUGUGGAAACCACUGCCUGAGGUUAUGUACGUUGAGGCAGAUAUACGUCCGGCUACAGAUGUCGUUCGCGAAGCAGAGAUCAAGUGGGAAUGA